CAUAGAACAUUCAUGUCGUCAUUUAGUUCUAGAUAACAUGUGUCAGUAAUAUUUUUAAAAUGAUUAAAUUUUUGAUUUUGUAUUUUGUGCUGUGUGUUGUUACGGCCCAGGAAAUUAAUGAAGAUUUAUUUGAGCUAAAUAUUCUCCAUUAUAACGAUUUUCACGCCAGAUUCGUAGAAACCAGUCCAGCUGGUUUGGUCUGUGAUGCCGCCACGGAGCCAUGUGUCGGAGGGUUCGCCAGACUCACCACCGCGGUCCGAGAGGCCAUGCUAAGGGAGUCCCAGUCCCUGCUGCUGAAUGGGGGGGACAGCUUCCAGGGAACCAUCUGGUAUAAUCUGCUGAGGUGGAACGUCACGCAGGAGUUCAUGAAUAUGCUGCCUCAUGAUGCACAUGUACUAGGAAACCAUGAAUUUGACAACGGUAUCAGCGGAGUAGUUCCUUAUUUGCAAUACCUGAAAGAUCCAGUAGUGACUGCCAACAUCAUUGACGAUGGUGAACCGACCAUCCAAGGAUUGUAUGAGCGCAGCAUCGUAGUGGAGCGAGCGGGACGCAGGAUUGGAAUCAUCGGUGUUAUUAUUGCUACUACUAAUGAGCUGGCGUCCACCGGCCAUUUGAUGUUUACUGACGAGGUUGACACUGUGAGACGUGAAGCGGAGCUGUUACAUGACCAAGGGGUGGACAUCAUCAUAGUUUUAUCACAUUGCGGUCUCGAUAUCGACAGAGAUAUAGCUCUAAACGGAGGUCCAUACAUAGACAUAGUAGUCGGCGGCCACAGCCACACGUUGCUGUAUGAUGGAGAACCUCCUGACACAUCAGCAUUCGUCCCCCAAGGACCAUAUCCAGUUAUUGUGGACCAGAAUGGGAAAUCUGUUUUAAUUGUUCAAGCGGCAGCCCACACCCUAUAUUUGGGUGAAAUAAAAUUAUUUUUCGAUGCCUUUGGCAGCCUCGUCAGGUGGGAAGGGAAUCCGCAUUAUAUUGGUAAUGAAAUUGAACAAGCUCCGGACGUAUUAGAAAAGGUGAACCACUACCUGCCAUUCAUAACUGAAUACGCUUCCCGCGAGCUGGGCCAGUCGCUGGUGCACAUGUCUGCAGACUGCACCUGCCAGGAGUGCAACCUGGGCAGCUUCAUCUGUGAUGCGUUCUUAGACUCUGUUUUAGACAUGGCCGAAAGCGAUAACUGGCACCACGCUCAUUUUUGUGUAAUCAAUCAGGGAGGCAUUAGAGCUGAUAUAGGCGAUGGAGUGAUAACAUACGAAUCGUUGAUGCUCUCCACGCCGUUCGAGAACAGAGUGGAAGUUUUUGACCUGCGCGGCGACCACAUUAUGGAAAUGCUGGAGUUUUCAGUCGCUAACGACCCGUUUCCGGGCGCCAGGAUGCUCCAAGUAUCAGGUAUAAAACCUGUUUUCGACGGAGCCUUGCCUGUAGGGUCCCGUGUAGUUGACGUGUCUAUCAGAUGUAUAGAAUGCGAGGUUCCUCGUUACGAUCCUAUAGACGUUGACAAAUAUUAUAGGGUCGUUUCUCAUGACUUCAUUGGAAAUGGAGGCGCUGGUUACACAAUGAUCUCAGAAAACCGUCGUAACGUUGAUGUAGUGGGCGUGGACUACGACAUCCUGAUGCGGUACAUAGAACGCCUGGCCCCUGUCUUCAGCGAAGUGGACGGGAGGAUACACAUUGACAACCCAUGUCUGAGUUAAUGACAGAAAGCUUCUGCACAGAGUUGCUGCUGUGUUAUAUAAUGCUACCACACUCGUACCCAUUGUACGGAGCGCCAUGUUACCACACUCACACAAUAAAAAUUUCUAUAUGUUGUACCUAUAUCAUUGCUGUACUUUCCAAUUUUUCGUUUUCUUUUUGUAUCACUUUCAUUCAAUUUAUUAUUAAUCAUGUAGGUAUAUCCACUAAGUUCACCUAAGUUAUUAUCCUUACAUAUUAUUAUAUAUAUAAAACAAAGUCCUCUGCUGCGUCUGUCUGUCUGUUCGCACUACGCAAACUCAAUCUCAAAAACUACUUCACUGAUUUUCUUGCGGUUUUCACUUAUAGUUAGUGCGAUUCCUGAGGAAGAUUUAGGUGUCUAAUUUGUUAUGUUUUUAGCCGAGCGAACCCGGGACUGGCCGCUAGUAUCUUAUAUAAUAUUCAACUCCUUGUGAGUGGACUUGAAAUUGUUUUUUUUUUUUUUAUA